CAGCAGUUUUCAAAAUGGCGGACAAUUUGUGAAAUGUGUUGUGUAAUUACAAGAAAUAUCACACCAUUGUAAGAGAACAUUGUCUUCAUGUCACAUUUGCUAAGGAGGUCUGUCAGAAAGGGAAUAGGAGGACUAUAUUUUUGUAGGAAUAAAUGCAGCUCUGCAGAGGAAUCUCAACUGCAUUGGAACGAAGCUUAUUUUAAUGGAGUGACCGUGAAUUUGGACCAGCUGGGAGAGCAAUGUAGCCCUGUGGAAUUUUCUGUGAAAUUAACGAGUGAGUGGUUAUUUUUGGCUCUUUUCUUGGUUCAAUAACUUUGGGUGUGUUCAAAUCUAAAGGAAUUGUGUCCCGUGUUCCCCGAUGUUUUGGAAAUCGGCAUAAUUUUUUUGAACAGUACGAGUAAAAUUAUGCCGGUUGGCCUUGCCGAGACAGAGCUUUACAUUUUUGAAGGAAAAGGUCGCACCCAUGUUGGUUUUUAGUCAAGGAUUUAUACUAGACAACCUUGAUGAAACCAUAGCAGCACUGUUAAGAAGCACGGAGAACCUUGGACAUAGUGGAAAAUAAGAGAAAAGGGUCUGAAAAUAGUGGCCAUAUUGAUGGGAGUCUUUGACACCACUGCAUCAUCCUUUUCCCCUCUGAUAUAAGAGGCUUAUCCUUGUCUUUUCAGCAAAAACCAACUAGGAUUAUUGCAGCUCCCCCCUCCCCCCCAUUUGAGAUGCUAGCUAGUCUAUAGGAGUUUACUCUUUAGGAGAUCAUAAGGCUUUCCUGUUUGUUAGUACCCUUUUGUACUCCUGAGCAGAUAGGGGCACUUUUAGAGUAGAUUGUCUUGGGUGAGAACACAGCACAAUAAGCAGCCUUUAUUGUAAACACAGACCUCUGGACCUGGAGUCCAGGGCACUAAUUAUUAACCCUUUAAUCCCUAAUAGUGACUGGCAUCUCAUUUCUCCUUACCAUAUCACCCUGAAUCAAAAAUUAAGGUCAGGAGAAUAAAAAAGCUGAUCCCUAAAGAAGCUCUUGAUUGUUGUACAAAUUCUCCAUAUUGGCAUCUUAGGAAAUGUUUAGAGAAGAGUGUGGAGAAUAUACAUACUGAUGUUACAGUGUAAAAGGUCAAGCCACCUUGUCUCUCCCUUGUUUGAGAGGAGUGGCUUCAUCCAUGGCCCUCCAAUUCAUGCAAAGCCUGAUUUUUCUACCAUUUUCUCAGGAAGUAUCCAACAGUGGAGAAAAGAGAGAAAGAAGUCUGUGUGGAUGAAAGUGCCAAUCGUUCAGAGUUACUUGAUACCAGUGGCAUUUGAACAUGGCUUCAGUUAUCACCAUGCUGUUGGAGACCAUGCUAUGCUGUUAAAAUGGCUUCCAAAAAAGGAGCACAAUAAAGUUCCACCUUAUGCUACCCAUCAAGUUGGAGUAUCAGGUAACAAAGACAGAGUGCAAAGAUGUAUUAUAAAUAGAGAACUUGUAAAAUCUGUACUAAAUUUUCUUUCUUGAUCCUUUAAUAGGAAUUUUCCAUAUUUAUAUAUGGAUUUCAGUUCAAAAUGAUUUAAAACUACUUUGACUCGUGUUUUACAUGUUCUAAAAUUAUGGGUUAUAGUCCCGAACAAUAGAAAUGAAAUAUAAAUUAACCCAAGUGAAGAUAGUUUAAUUGAAAUUUUGAAUUAUAACAUAUCUCUUUGAAUGAUAGUUAUCAGUUUCAAAAGGAUUCCCUCCCAAGAAAAAGGUUUAUCUAUAAUUUUUAACUGAUGGUCUAAUGUAUAUCCAACAUUUCUAAUGUAAAAAAUUGCAGGUCUUGUUCUUAACAGGGAAAAAAAUGAAGUUUUGGUGGUCCAGGACAAGAACAUGGUAUGUAACACACACAUUCAGGCCCUGUAAAAAUCUGCUUUGACAAGUACACACCUCCUUGGAUUGCUAUUACUAUUAUUAUUGUUCUUAUGAUUUUUAAUCAAAGACAGUUUUUCAUCAUUCUACCAUCAAAAUUGCAAGUUCUAUUAAAAUGAUAUGGAAAACCAUUUUUAACAUUGCAAAUCAAAGUUUUCAUGGCAUAUCUAACAAUGUAAUUAAUAAUCAUUAUGGUAGUUUUGGUACUGUAAAUGUUGACAAUGUUGGCACAAUAUUUUUGGCAGCUCAAGAUUGGCCGGCACUUAAAAAACCAGUUUGGAAAUUUCCUGGAGGACUCUCAGAUGAAGGAGAAAGUAUUGGUGAGUUUAAUUUAUUUAGUAUCUGUUCCUUUAUUUUUGGGAUUGAUUUUAGCGAGUAUAACCAAGAAUCAGGGCUGGGUUAAAUUGUACCUGAAAAGUAGCUGUUCAUAUGUUGAAGAUCAUCAAUAAUAUGGGUAUGAUACCAAGGGAACUGGGUUAAUCCCUAUUUGCCAAUAAUAAUUUUAAAUUAUGGGGUUUUGCCCCAUAGCUGUUAUAAAGAAUGCUUAUUGAGUUAAAAUGUUUCCUGAGUGGAAAGCCAAGAGCCAAGGUCAGAUUCAAAUUGCUCCUCUUCACUUACCUCAUUUUUAUGUACUUUGGACUUAAGAAUCAUGUUGGUACAUGUAUGUGAUUUCUGUCUGACUAUUUUUGUGUUUGAUUAGAGGAAACAGCAGUGCGUGAAGUCUGGGAAGAGACAGGAAUACGAGCAGGUAAUACACAGGGCACACCUUGUGUUAGUAAGAAGCUAGCCAAGGGUAAAGAUUUUUGUAGCUAGUUACCCAUUUCAUAAAGAGCUUACCUCAGGGUGUUUAACUCUUUAACUCCCACGACCAAGACAGAAUUAUUCCUCUCGACAAUGAACAGGCAAGUGAUCAGAAUAAAAAAAAAAGAUCAGUACAGGGUUGUUUCUUGAUAUAAUAACAAACUCCCUGUCCUCAAUCAUAAAAAAUUGUAUAAUAGACAAUAAGGAGAAGUACUAAUAGGAUCUUGGUCAGUCACUGGUUACCAUCAAGUAAUUUAAGGUUUUCUCCAAGUUUUUUGGUACCCAUUUAAACUUCAUUGUAGAGAGAGACAUGCUAAGGUGUCCUAUUCAGCAGACCAUGACUAUGAACCAGCCAAUAUUCUAACAGAUCUCUUUACAUGGCCUCCAGCAUGCUAGCAUGCCAAUUGUUAACCUCCAGUGAUUACAAAAUGAAAUAUUAAUUCAGGAUUGUUUCUGAUUUCAUUUUAGUCUCACUCUUUGCUUCUCAUUUUACUUUUGAUUGCAGAAUUCAAAUCCAUUCUGCUCUUCAGACAACAGCACAAAAUGAAGAAUGCUUUUGACAAGUCUGAUGUUUAUGUUGUGUGUAGAAUGGAACCAUUAAGCUUUGGCAUUAGUCAUUGUGAGGAUGAGAUUGCACAGUGUCAGUGGAUGGAACUAUCAACUCUCCUUACCCACACAGACACCACUCCAUUGACAAAAUUAGCAGCAAGGUUAGCAAAACAUGGACUGAAGAAUGGAUUUGAAAGUGUUGACAUUGUGGCAAAUAGUAUGAGGUCUUGGGUGAAUCCGAGUCAAACAUUCAGCCUUUUUCACAGAUAUAUGCCAAGCUAACAAUUGAAUCUUCCUUUUAUGAAUUUUUUUACCAUUGUUUUCAUUUGAGUAUUGGGUGAGACAGUUGCUGGUAAUUAUUGUUGAAUUUGUGCAAAUAAUUUUAUUUCAAUUUCAUUGCUUGUAAGUCUUAAAACAUAUUUUAAAUGAAGUUUGUCUCGUUCAUUGGAAAAAACAAAGAAUCUCCCAGUUUCAAACAAGGAU